CUGACUUGUCGAACUUUGGCUCCCAAUUCUUUUUCAUAUUCAUUCACAAUGGGUCGAGGAAAUCGCAUGAAGAAGCAGGGUCCUCCCGCCCCGCUGGACGAGUCCAAGAUCACCAUCUACAAGAAGCGCAAGACCGCUGAACCCGAGUCGAAGCCUGCGGAGUCGGGCAAGAAGCGGAGAAGAGCUGCGGUCGAGGAGGAGGAGACCGUCAAGCCUGCUGCGAAGAAGAAGGCCAAUGGCGCCGUGAACGGCAAGGCGGCCAAGGUGGAGGCUAAGGGUAAUAGCAAGGAGAAGAAGCCCGCGGCUAAGAAGUCGAGUUUUAUGGAUUCGGACGACGAGGCGGAGGAUGAUGAGGAUGCGUGGUCCGACCUCGAUGAUGAGGAGAUGCAGGAUGAUGAGUUCGGCGAUCUCGAUGCCGUGAGCGAUGAUUCUAUGGCCUCCGACGAUGACGAAGACUCGGUUGUUGACUCGGAAGAUGACGAUCACCCCCGCGAAGCAAUGUUCUCUGACGAUGAAGACCUUUCCGAUGCGGAGGAGAAGCUGACGGCAGCCAACAUCGAGGGUUUAUCCCGGAAGUUGGACUUGGCUAGACAGGAAGAGGAGGAGGAGGCCGAACUCGAAUUGCAGGAGUCUGCUAUGCAGACCAACAUUGCUGGCGAUCGUCCCGAUGUGUUCGCCGACGGCGUUGGUCAACCAGGUCUGGCCCCAGACCUUCAACUGCUCCGCACGAGAAUCACCGACACCAUCCGUAUCCUGGGCGACCUCAAGACCCUGGGCCAGCCGGGCAAGUCUCGGACCGACUACGUCAACCUGCUCCUCGGCGAUAUCUGCACCUACUACGGCUACACUCCUUACCUCGCCGAGAAGCUGUUCAACCUGUUCACCCCCAUGGAGGCGUUUGCCUUCUUCGAAGCCAACGAGACCCCGCGUCCUGUUGUCAUCCGUACAAACACUCUGCGCACCAACCGUCGGUCCCUGGCUCAGGCUUUGAUCAACCGUGGUGUCGUCCUCGAGCCCGUCGGAAAGUGGUCCAAGGUCGGUCUGCAGGUUUUCGAGUCUGCGGUACCCCUGGGUGCCACUCCCGAGUACCUGGCUGGUCACUACAUCCUGCAAGCCGCGUCUUCCUUCCUUCCCGUCAUGGCUCUGGCUCCGCAGCCCAACGAGCGUAUUCUCGAUAUGGCCGCCGCCCCCGGUGGUAAGACCACUUACAUCUCGGCUGUGAUGCGCAAUACUGGCUGCGUUAUCGCCAACGAUGCCAGCAAGCCGCGUGCUAAGGGUUUGAUCGGUAACACUCACCGUCUCGGCUGCAAGAACACUAUCGUGACCAACAUGGAUGCCCGCACUGCUUUCCCCAAGGCCAUGGGUGGCUUUGAUCGUGUCCUUCUCGAUGCUCCCUGUACCGGUACCGGCGUUAUCUCCAAGGAUCCCAGUGUCAAGACCUCGAAGAACGAGCGCGAUUUCCUUGCCAUCCCUCACAUGCAACGCCAGCUUCUCCUGGCGGCUAUCGACUCCGUAGACCACAACUCGAAGACUGGAGGCUACGUUGUCUACUCGACCUGUAGUGUUACCGUGGAGGAGAACGAGGCGGUUGUCAACUACAUCCUGCGCAAGCGCCCCAAUGUCAAGCUCGUCGACACUGGCCUGGGUGACUUCGGAAGCCCCGGUAUGACCAGCUACAUGGGCAAGCACUUCGAUGCCAAGAUGACCUUGACGCGCCGUUACUUCCCCCACCGUGAGAACGUCGACGGUUUCUUCGUCUGCAAGCUCAAGAAGACCGGCCCCUCCCCGACCAGCAAGACCGCCGAUGCCCCCUCUGAGACCGCCAAGUCCGGCCGCAAGGCCUCCAAGUCGCCGUCCGCUCCUUCCACUGACGACGAGAGCAUCGACAAGACCCCCAUUGUCGACGAAGACGGUAUGGUUCUGGAGACCGAGGGCGGCGCUUUUGGUCCUUUCGAGGAAGACGAGCAGGAUGCCGAGCGCAUCGCCCGCGCAGAGCGUAACCGCCUGCGUCGCAAGGGUCUCAACCCCAAGGCCGUCAAGCCCGCCAAGUCCUCCAAACCUAAGGGUGAAUCCGAACCCGAGAAGCCCGCCGUGGAAGCCUCCCCCAAGACGGACAAGAAGAAGACCGGUGCAGACACCCAGACCAAGAAGGACGAGGCUCCCUCCUCCUCCCCGGCCGCCAAGAAGACCGCGAAGAAGUCCAAGACACAAGAAUCAGCCACCCCUUCCUCCCCCGCAACCACCACCACCUCCUCCGAGAAGAAGAAGACCUCCCCCAAGAAGCAGGCCGAUAAUAAGACCGGAAAGGCCAAGAAGCCCGCCAAGAAAUAAGGUGUGGCAGUAGCUGGUUGUUGUCUCAUGAUUCUUGUACUUAUUGUGUCUCUGUCAUGUCUCGGGUGAGGAUUGUGUAGCUUUGGGGCUUUUUCUUCAUGUUGAACCAAAAGCAUUAGUCUUGUGUUUGGUAUGGGUGGCGCAUACUGUUUUUCUUUUCUUUUUUUGGUGAUAGA